CUUCUGGCUCUCGCCAUUGUUGGGAUCGCGGCUUCCCUGCGCUUAAAACUUCCACCUCGCUCUGCCCGGGAUUCUGUCUUGCUUAGACCUGUCCCUUCCCCGAAAUCGUAGGUAGAACGUCGGGAGACCCAGGAAAGCUAGAAAUGGACUCAGUGGCCUUUGAGGAUGUGACUGUAAAGUUCACCAUGGAGGAGUGGGCUCUCCUGGAUCCAUCCCAGAAGAAACUCUACAGAGAUGUGAUGCAGGAAACCUUCAGGAACCUGGCCUCAAUAGUGUGUAUUUCAGAAGAAAAAUGGGAAAUCCAUGACAGGGAAGAUCAGAAUGAAAAUCAUGGGACAGAUCUAAGCAGUCAAAUGGUAGAAAGACUCUGUAAAAGUAAAGAAUGUAGUCAGUAUGAAGAAAGCUUCAGCCAGAUUCCAUAUCAUAAUCAGAAGAAGAAAAGUCCUACUGGAAUAAAACUACGUAAAUGUACUUUGUGUGGACAAGUCUUCAUGUAUCAUUCAUCCUUUAACAAGCACAUGAGAUCUCACACUGGCCACAAACCAUAUGAGUAUCAGGAAUGUGAAGAGAAGCCUUAUAAAUGUAAGGAAUGUGGGAAAUCCUUCAAGCAUCGCCAAUCCAUUCGAAUGCAUGAAAGGACACACACUGGACAGAGGCCCUAUGAAUGUAAACACUGUGGGAAAGCUUUCAUUUGUCACAAUUACUUUCAAAUUCAUGAAAGGGCACACAGUGGGGAAAAGCCCUACAAGUGUACAAAAUGUAGUAAAACCUUUAGUUAUUCAAGCAACUUACGUAAACACGAAAGGACUCAUAUUGGAGAGAAACCUAGUGAAUGUAAGCAAUGCGGUAAAGCUUUCAGUUGUCUCAGGUCCUUUCGAAUACACGAAAGGAUACACAGUGCCAAAAAGCCUAAGGAAUGUACAAAAUGUGGUAAAACCUUCAGUUAUUCAAGUAAUUUACGUAAACAUGAGAGAAGUCAUAAUGGGGAGAAACCCUAUGAAUGUAAGGAAGGUGGGAAAACCUUGCAUUCUCUUACCAAAUUUCGAAGAUACAUGAUCAAGCAAAGUGGAGAUGGACUUUAUAAAUGUAAAGAGUGUGGGAAAGCCUUCAGGUGUCCCAAAAACUGUCGUAGUCAUGAAAUGACACACAGUGGAGUAAAGCCCUAUGAAUGUAAGGAAUGUGGUAAAGCUUUCAGUUCUCUUAGGUCCCUUGGAAAACACAGAAGAAUUCAUACUGCAAGGAAGCCUCAUGCAUGUAAGGAAUGUGGUAAAGCUUUCCGUUAUCCCAGUUCCCUUCGAAAUCAUGAAAGAACUCAUACUGGGGAGAAACCUUAUAAGUGUAAGGAAUGUGGGAAAGCUUUCAGUUGUCCCAAUUACUUUCGAAUUCAUGAAAGAACUCACACCGGAGUCAAACCAUAUGAAUGUAAGCAAUGUGGAAAAGCUUUCAGUUGUCCCCAGUCCUUUAGAAUACACGAAAAGACACAUAGUGCAGAAAAACCCUAUGAGUGUACAAAAUGUGGUAAAGUCUUCAGAUAUUCAAGUAACUUACGCAAACAUGAGAGAUCUCAUACUGAUGACAAACGCUAUGAAUGUAAACUAUGUGGUAAGGCCUUCAGCAGUCACUAUUAUGUUCAAAAACAUGAAAGAACUCACACUGGAGAAAAACCUUAUGAAUGUAAGGAAUGUGGGAAAGGCUUCAUUUUUCGCUCAGGUGUUCGAUCACACAUGGUAAUCCACACUGGAGAUGGACCUUAUAAAUGUAAGAAAUGUAAGAAAGCAUUUAUUUCUCCCAGUUCGUUACGAACGCAUGAAAGAACUCACACUGGAGAGAAACCUUAUCAAUGUAAAACUUGUUGCAAAGCCUUCAGUCUUGUUAAUUCUUUACGAAAUCAUGAAAGAACUCAUGUGAAAGAAAGUCUGUGAAAAUAAGGAAUGUAAGAAAGCUGUCAUUUGUUGUAUAGUCUUUCAUGCAUGCUGGAGAGAAAUUGCAGAAAUGUACGGAAUGUAGGAAAGCCUGUUUUCUUCAGAACUUACCAAAAAAGUCAGUGGAGAGAAUUCCAUUGGUCGUAAACAAUGUAGGAAAUCUUCCAUUUGUCCCACAUCAUGGAAAAACCAGGUUAGAUUAUUCACUGAAUUCAUACUAUAGAACUAAAAAAUAAAAACUCUAUAAUUUUACAGAUAUUUUCAAGGUAGUGUGAAAAUUAUAUGGGAAAGAAAUAAGUAAUAUGGGUAAGCUUUGUGAACAUGAAUUCAUGUAGAAUACUUCUGAAAAUCCACAACAUUAAAGAAAUGUAAUAAAUGUUAUAUGGUCUUUAUCACGUAUUCAUUCUUAAAGUAAUUCUCUGUACCGUGGACUUCCACUUACUUUUGCAAGCAGAUAUUGAAGUGAGAUAAUUAUGUAGGUACUUUUAAAGUGAGAGUUCCUAAGUUUAGAAAGUAAAUUUUUCCUUAGUAAUAUUUUUGUAUUCUUAUUUUGAAGUCUGUUGGAUCCAUGGGUGAUUGAAGUGUAUUUCUAAUAUGCAAGUAAGUUUAAUUUUUGUAUUUAAAAUUCUAUAAGGACUGUUGAAAAGUAAUAGUUUCAUAUUUUCCUUUCCCUGGUGUCCUCCUGUGGGGCAAGUACUCAAUAUGCUUUAGCUAUUAUUUCUAUAUUCUGCAUUUCUUUAUUAUCAGAAAGUUCCCUUCUCAUUGCCCUGAAGAGCCCUAUUCUGUUUUCCUAAAUAGUUGCCAUAUAGUUGUGAGUAUGCAAAGUUCAUCAUACAGUAUAUUCUCAUGUGAAUUAUUAUUUUCUUCUUUUGCCCUUUGUUCUUUGUCAUUGGUUAUGGCUGGGAUUUGGAGUAUAGAGUUACAUUAAGAACAGAGGCCUGUGUGAGAUAGAACAAUAAAUCUAGAGUUGGAGAUGACCCUCCUUGGUGCUGUUAAUGUCGAAGUCAGUAAUGAGAACUACUGUUCCUAGAAUCUGUUGCAUUUAUGGUUUCAUGUUAGAAUUCACCAAGGCCUAAUUUAUAUGAAACUUGUAAAUACAGAAGUGAAAUAGGAUUAGGCACAUUUCUCAGCCACCUAUAGAGAGGUAGGUAGAAGCAUACACCUUCACAGACACGUGCUCCCAGCCUGUUUUCCUCAUUUUUUCCCCUGGCAAUCAAGAAUAAUCUGAAAAUCACCACCAACUGCUUGACUUCCAUUUGAUCUGAGCAGUAGGCUUCACACUUGUCUCCAGAGUUCUACAUCAAAGAUCCACCAUGGGUUUAAAUUUUCCUGCAAGCCCCCAGGUAUCCACAGAUGUAGAUUGUUAUGGUUGACAAUGUUCUCUGAAGUGCUACUCCCCUUUUCUGGAUUUUAUUCAUAUAAAGUCUAAUUUGUAUAGUAAACAUAUUUUUCU